UUUCAACAAAGGCCUACAUUGCAAGUAAAAGUAAUUCCAUAAUUCAUCUUCAUCUUCCCACUUUUAUGCGCCUCCACAACUCGGUUGCAACUCACUGAGUCACUCUAUAUCAACCGUAAUUUACCAUCAAAACCGAAAAAACUUCAACCCCCCGAAAAAAAAAUCACAAAAUCUUUGAUGGGUGGAGGAAAGAAAAAACCAAUUGAUAAAUCAAAGUUUCGAAGGCCUAAAUCACAACAACAACAAUCUCUCUUUGUUGAAGGUGGAAUCUUGGCUGGUUAUGAUUCUCCUUGUUCUUCUAAUUCUCGCCGAGGAAAAAAUGGUAACUUGAGAUCUGGGAAUUCUGGAAAUGGGAAUUCUAAAGGUGGUGUAAGGAAAUCUUCUGCUGAUUCUUUUCGUUAUAACUACCCUUCUGUUGAUUUCAAGGAUGUUGGGCAAUCAGAGCAAUGGACUAGGGAAAGGAAUGAUGAUGGCAGUUUGAUAGGGUUGCAGCCAGUUAUCUUAUUAGGCCCGAAGGAUAGCAAGAUUGUUGCUUUCGAGGACUCAGCACCAUCGGCGUUGCCUUCUAAAGUGGAAUAUUGUUAUGAAUAUAAUUCUGAUUUUGUAUUGGGUGAGAGUUCUCACUGUGGAUUGGGAUUCUAUGAUGAACCAGAAACUACUCCUGGUGCUACAGAGUUGUCAUCGGGAAUCGUGGAUGAAGAAGAAGAAGAAGAACCGUUGCAUAGAGGAUUGGGAUUCUCUGGUCAGCCAGGAAGUGCAGCUACUGGAUUGUUAUUGUCGGAAACAGUUGACAAAGAGGGAGAAGAGCCAAGCAAUGAUUACUCAUCUCAUUUAAUUGAAGAGGAUGGUGAUGAUGAUUUCUUUAUGGAUGAAGAUGAAGAUGAAGAUGAGGAUGUUUCUGCGUCACUUCAUGAAGAUUCAGGCAAGACCCCAUCUAAAAAAAAUUCUGCAUUUGUGUCAAUUGGAGGUGUGAGAUUGUACACACAAGAUAUUUCUGAUGAUGAUGAGGAGGAGGAGGAGGAGGAGGAGAAUGAGGAGGAUGACUCAUUUGAUGAGGGGUCCUCAUCUGGUACAUCUGAGAGUGAAGACUCCGAAGAUAGCUCAGACUUUGAUUCUGAUAUUGACGAUGACAUCAUGGAGGAUUACUUGGAUGGAAUUGGAGGAAGCAGUCAAAUUUUAAAGUCCAAGUGGUUGCAAUCACAGAAUCUUGAUGGUCAACAAUUAGGUGACGAUAAUUCCAGCAGCGAUGAAUACGGGAGCACUCUGAAGAAAUUAGGUAGUGUUGCUAUUCAAGAGGCAUCUAGGGAGUAUGGUAAGCAAAAACAGCUAUCAAAGAAGAAGACUCCAGCUAAGUCUAGCAAAUCAAAGGCAGCUGAAGUUGCUUGUUCUUCAGCUUUAGAUGAUCUAAUGUUUGUUAAGGAUCCAAGACGACUUUCUGCAAAGAAGAAGCAUGUUGCUCAGUUUCCUCAGUCAUGGCCUUCUGACAGUCGAAAAUAUAAAAAGUAUGGGAGGUUUCCAGGUGAAAAGAAGAAACACCGUAAAGAGUCGAUUGCUGCAAGGCGUAGGGAGAGGAUGUUACGUCGUGGUGUUGAUCUUGAGCUAAUAAAUUCGAAACUGAAGCAGAUGGUUUUGAACAAUAAAGAUAUCCUAUCAUUCCCUCCCAUGCACACUCGAGAUUGUUCUCAGGUGCAACGACUGGCUCGAAUAUAUCGUUUAAAGAGUGGCUGCCUGGGUUCUGGCAAGAAAAGGUUUGUAACUGUAAACCGAACACAACAUACCUCUAUGCCAUGUGCAAGUGAUCAAAUUCGUCUGGAAAAGCUGAUUGGAUCUAGCAAAGAUGAUGCUGAUUCCCCGAUUGUUGGUACAUCUCAAAGUGCUCGGAGUGGGCCUGUUCGGAGAAAACCAACCAAGAACUUGGCUAACCACCAAGGCGGCGGCGGCAGCGGCAGCAGCAAGAUGGAAACUAAACGGAACGGGUUGAAGCCCGGAGCAUACAAUGUACCAGUGUCAUUUGUCUCUAGUGGCGUAAUUCAAUCAGAGACCGUCCAAGUCAGCACUGUUAAACCAAAUGAAAACUCCAACCAAGAAAGCAAAGCAAUAGACAACUCCUCGUCAACAUUUGCUUCAUUUGAAGUUCAUACCAAGGGUUUUGGUUCAAAGAUGAUGGCUAAGAUGGGAUAUGUGGAAGGCGACGGUUUGGGAAAAGAUGGUAAGGGAAUCUCACAGCCCAUCGAGGCGGUUCAACGACCUAAAUCUCUGGGAUUAGGGAUGGCAUUUGUUGAAAGCAGCAAUGAAACUACACCAGUAGCUAAAAGGAGUGGUGGAUCUGUUAGGAAAUCUACUCCAAACACUAAUGAAACUAUGUCAGUAGCUAAAAGAAGUGGUGGAUCAGGGAGGAAUUCUACUCCAAACAUUGGUGCUUUCGAGAAGCAUACAAAAGGUUUUGGCUCCAAGAUGAUGGCAAGGAUGGGGUUUGUUGACGGGGCGGGUUUGGGAAGAAAUUCUCAAGGCAUAGUUACCCCAUUAGUAGCUGUCAGACGUCCCAAAGCCAGAGGUUUGGGGGCCGAAGACAAAAGGUCAUAAGUUAUAUAAGUAUGAUUUUUAGUGCAAAUUGCAAUGACUUGUGUAUAGAUGCUUCCUUUGCAUAAUCUCUUUAUUUAACUGCUGCCUUCAAGGUUGUAGGAUGACCUCAAUGACGGAAGAUGAGGUUAAAAAAAAAAACUGAGACAGUUAUUGUACACUGAACAACAUUAGGUUCAUGAAUGUAAUGCUAGUUGGGUAUGUAAAAUGGAUGAAUUGGAACAGUACUUGGAAUAAGUUUUACAUGCUACCAUUUGCUGUUUGUUGUAAAUCUAACUGUGCAUAUUUCUCAUUUUCA